UUGAGUGUAUAACCCUACUCUUUAGUCCAAAAAGAAAAAGACUUUGCACCUCCAACUCUACUUUCUUCCUCAGUUUCAGCCAUAUUUCAAGCUCAAAAUCCUUCAUACAGUUGGAAAGUAAAGCAAACCAAAUACUUACCCAAAUCAAUGAAAUCCAAGAACAGACAAUGGCCAUCAAAUUUUAUUCACAACUUGUUCAUAGUUCUGUUAUUCCUAUUCUUGAAACUCUUUCUUCUGGUUCAAUGUUCUAAUAACAACCUUACUGAAUCAUUAGACGUUAUUCUUCACGAACAUGCUUUCAAAUCUUUAGUUCAUCAACAUACUGGAGAUUUAUACAAUGCUAAUCUUCCUUCAAAUCUAGCAGGAAUGAAGCUCUCACUCAUUCGAUUAAGAAGCAGAACAUUGUGGAAAAAAGGUGCAAACUUUAGUGGUUUUUCUAUCCCUCCAAAAACUAUUCCAGUACCUUAUGUUAAAAGAAUCCACAUUGUUUAUAAUGAUUUAGGAAAUUUAUCUUCUCAUUACUUCAACAUAUCAGGUUACAAUCUCUUAACUUCUGUUAUUGGUUUCAUGGUUUAUGAUGCACCAUCCCAUAUUAGUAGCAUUACAAAUCUCACAAAGAUUGAUCUUAGACCAAUGGGACAACCUAUAUGGAUCGAGUUCAAGAAUGUAACAGAGAUGAAGGAAAGACCAAAGUGUGUCAUGUUUGAUGAAAAUGGUAAAGUUUCUCUUAGUGAAAUGAGAUUUCCUAACUUAUGUUAUACAAGAAAUCAUGGUCAUUUCUCUAUAGUGUUACCUUUAGAGAUGAAGAAGAAGAGGAGAAUAUGGGGUUUUUUGGUUAUUGGAUUUGUUAUCGGACUACUCGGGUUGGCAUUGGUAGCUGCAGUAGGAAAGAUGGUGUUGGGAAUUUUUAAAGCCAAGAAAACAAGUGAAAUGGAAAGAGAAGCAGAGGGAGGUGAGUUUUUGGAAACUAUUGUUGUUGGUAGAAGUAAAAUGCCUAUUGCUAUGGUCACAAGAACUCAUCCAGUAAUUGAAGGACCAUGUUUUCCAUAGUUUGUGUCAUUUUACUGAGACUAGUUAGUUCUAUCGUUUUAAAGAUAAAAUCCUUAGUUUGUAUAGUUGCAUUUUCAAAGAUGUUAUAGUGUGAUAAUAGCAAAGGGAGACCAGUUUGAGCAACUUUUUUCUUCUUCUUAUAAUGCGUUUCUAAAACUUAUAUAUGGGAUAUUUGUAAGAUAAACCUCAUGGAUAUUGACUCAUAUUACAAUA